AUGGUGCAGCGACCGGUCGCGCCUCGGCGCAACGUCAGGAUACUGUUGAUCGGCGAGCGAGGAGUCGGCAAGACGUCUCUGAUACUGUCCCUCGUGAGCGAGGAGUAUGCGGAAGAGGUGCCCAGCAAGGCCGAGGAGAUUACGAUACCAGCGGAUGUCACGCCGGAGCAGGUGCCGACGCACAUAGUCGAUUAUUCAGCGGUGGAGCAAACGGACGAUCAGCUGGCUGAGGAGAUUCAAAAGGCGCAUGUGAUAUGCGUCGUUUACUCCGUGGACGAUGAGGAUACUCUAGACAGAGCUGCCAGUUACUGGCUGCCGUUGAUCAGAAGGUGUUCGCCGGACAAUCGAUGUCCAGUUGUACUCGUAGGCAAUAAGAUUGACCUUGUGGACUACUCCACCAUAGAGGCAGUAUAUCCUAUCAUGAAAGAAUUCACAGAGAUCGAAAGCUGCAUAGAGUGCUCAGCAAAAACGCUUCAGAAUGUCUCGGAAACGUUUUAUUACGCACAAAAAGCAGUUUUGCAUCCUACCACACCUUUGUACAAUUAUGACACACAGGAGCUCACAGAAGAGUGCAAAACUGCCCUACAGCGAAUUUUUAAAAUAUGUGAUGUAGAUAACGAUGGACUCUUAAACGAUAUCGAGUUGAACGCAUUUCAGCAAUGGUGCUUUAAUACUCCGCUGCAACCUCAAGUACUGGAGGAUGUAAAAGCUGUACUGUCGAAAAACAUUUGCGAUGGUAUAUGUAAUAGAUGUGUCACAAUGAAAGGCUUCAUGUACUUACAAUGCCUAUUCAUACAACGCGGGAGAAACGAAACGACUUGGGCUGUGUUAAGAAAAUUCGGCUACGACAACGAGCUGCAGAUGUCGAAGGAAUACAUUCAUCCGUCAUUGAAGGUCCCGCUCGGUUGCACCACAGAGUUAUCGCACAAGGGACAAGAAUUCCUAACACUAUUGUUUAUGCAACACGAUCGCGAUCGUGACGGAGCUCUUUCACCACUCGAGAUGGAAUCGUUGUUCUCUCGGUGUCCCGCUCCACCGUGGGAGGAUGAGUACAAGUAUACAGUGCCCACGAACGAAAAGGGAUGGAUCACGUUCCAAGGGUACAUGUGUCAAUGGGCGCUGCUAACGUUGACAAACGUGCGCAAGACAAUGGAGUACAUGGCGUAUCUGGGGUACAACAUGUACCACAACGAGUGUCAAACGAGCUCGGUCGUUGUGACCCGCGAGAAGAAAGUGGAUCUGGCGAAGAAGCAGUCCAGCAGGAAUGUCUACACCUGCCACGUAAUAGGACCGAAAAGUAGCGGGAAGACUACGUUGUGCAGGACUUUCAUUGACCCUAAACUUGAGAAAUUAAACGACAAAGUGGUACCAGCGAAUGCUCACAUCGCAGUAAACACGUUGUAUGUAUAUGGCCAGGAGAAGACGAUAGUAUUGAAGGAUAUAAAUAUACUGAACGUUCAGGAUGCUCUAACGCCGGCGGAGAUACAGUGCGACGCGGCCGCCCUCGUUUACGACGCCAGCAAUCCGAAAUCGUUCGAGUAUAUUGCGCGUAUUUACAUCAAAUACUUCGCCGAUAGUAAGAUUCCCGUUCUGAUAAUAGCGAAUAAAAGUGACCUUUCUGAAGUGAAACAGGGAUACCUGCUGCAACCGGUUGCGUUCUGUAACAAGUACAAGUUAAUGCCUCCGCAACCGUACAGUGUCUCUCGCGCAGUUCGACGUGAGAUCUUCGUCAAGUUAGCUACAAUGGCAGCUUUUCCCCGCUUUCAAGGAGCGUGGGUAUUAUUUUACCGAGACAGCCAUUUGAGGCGUAUGGUCCACAUGUUGCUUGAACCCUCACCCUCUCAGUGGUGGAGUUCUUUCACAAGGCACAUAAAUCAGUUCGGCCUAAUGCAAGGGGAUUCGCUGGUCUGGUGGAAAGCAGGACUGGGCAUCGCGGUCGCCACGGUCGCCGGUUACGUGAUGAUGCGCGUGUUGAACACAGAGAAGAGAUAGUCUACCAUACUCGUGCUACUUUGUGCGUGUUUAACUGCCUCCCGUUGUCGAAUAAAGAGAGAGAGAGAAAAUCGUAAUAUACAUAUACAUAUAUAUGAUCGCGUUAUAGGCUGAAUAUAAUAUAUAUUGGUAAAUCACACUAAUUUUCAAUAUGCAACAGCUAAGUAUUAGAGAAAGUCAAGAUAAAGUGCAAAUAUACGCUGUUUUUCAUGUAGAAGCGCUUACUUUGCUCCGGUCGAAGGUACCGAGAAUUUUGAUUUGCUAUUUUCUUUCUUCCAACGUAAUAACGUCUUGUACAAGAACUAUUUUCUUCACCUUCUGUAAUAAAUUAUUGUUUAAUGUAUUGUAAUAUAACGUGUAAAAAAAGGAGAGAGGUGUGCUAUGCAUAUCUCACGUUAAGUCUCGAUUUGUCAUGUUCUCCGUGUGUGCUGUAAUCAUAACUUUGAUCCUUGAGUAUAAGUAUAUUUUUAAUCCCCAAACUGAUAAGCAAAAAUUAAGGUUAAAUUUGUAUGGUUCUUUUUCUUGAAAUAUAAACACAUUCAUUCUGUUAAAA